AUGUGUCUUAAUGAAGCCGUUGAUAGUUCUGGAAAACUUGUCUUUAAACCUUGGGAUGAGCGGCUGGACAGAGAGAAGUUUGUGGACAGUGAUGUUGAUGAAGAACUGCUUUUCAAUAUACCUUUUACAGGUCAUAUCAAGUUAAAAGGGAUUAUUGUAAUUGGAGGAGGAGAAGGAAUGGAUCCUUCAAAAAUGAAAUUAUACAAAAACCGUCCAUCUAUGACAUUCGAUGAUGUUUCAACUGAACCAGAUCAAGAAUUUGACCUUAACCCAGAUCCAGAUGGUCAACUUGAGUAUCCAACAAAAGUUGCACGUUUUAAUCAAGUUGAGCAUCUCACAAUAUUUUUUUCAACUAAUUUUGGUGCUGAAAAUACCCGUAUUCACUACAUUGGGCUUCGAGGAGAAUUCACCGAGAUGAGACGACAUGGAGUUACAAUCUGCAAUUAUGAAGCCCAAGCUAAUCCUAUGGAUCACAAAAGUAAUCUUUUAAACAAGAUGGGUCAUGUAAUUCAGUAA